AUGUCGUUGCUCUCCUUUGUUACUGCGGUCCUUCUGUUAAGCUUGAGCAAUGCACAAAUAAUGUUUGGCUUUUACAAAUUUGUCUGCCCUAAUGCUGAAUAUGUUGUUUAUAAUGAAAUGGUGGACAUCCUUUCUGUAGCUCCAAGCCUCGCUGGUCCUUUGCUGAGGAUGCAUUACCAUGACUGCUUCGUUAAGGGAUGUGAUGCUUCAAUACUGUUGAAUCCUACAUCAAAUAAUGUUACAGAGAAAGUUGCGGCUCCAAAUUUAAGCAUUAGAGGCUACGGAGUGUUCGAUCGAAUUAAGGAAAAAUUAGAAGAAACUUGCCCUGGGAUUGUCUCUUGUGCAGAUAUUGUAGCACUGGUUGCAAGGGAUGUGGUUGCCUUG